AUGCGGGUACUUCUUACGGUGUUAAUAGCCGUAUCAUCAGCAACAGCCUUCGAUGGUGUUGUAUUCUCCAGUGAGCAGCAAAUUACGAAGGAAUUUCCGACUAUCGAGAACUUGAUAUCAACUGCUUCACCAGAAAAACCGGUCGUCUUCAUCGUCAAUCCCGACUUCACAUUAGGGCAGUUCUCGCGAGAGGCUUCAGCAUAUUCGAAGGAUAAGCAUUUGUCCGGCCUUCCUGCCACUGUGAAGGCCUCUUCUCAUCAUGCUUCGCGAUACUUCCCGAAAAGCUUCCAUGCUCCUGAUGCAGUCAUCAUUGCAUCACCAGAUGCUUUCACUUCUGGUGCUGCCCUCUAUAUCCUCCAGGGAGAAGACUGGAAAACAAUGGAGAAUCUCGCAGAAGCUGUUCUUCCAAAGUUGGGAAGCAAGUACACUGCUGUGAUUACGGCUAGCGAAGCAGUGUUCGGAGAUCUGGCAAGAAAGAAGCGUGUAUUGACAUCUGAUAUGGAAAACGACGAUGCGGCGCCAUCAGGAUCCCCCUCACCAGAUGCUGCAGAAGGUCCCGAUGUCGCUAUGCCUCUGAAUUUGCCUCCGUACAACAGAACUGAGUACCCUUCUGUGAAGCCACUAGGCGCAGGACUGGGAUCGUGUCUUUUGUACAUGGAGGGGGUUAACAUUGUUGUGCAGAAUGCUAAGAGGGCCUUUGCCACAAUUCCGAUACGAGCGAAUGAAACCACAUGGAACUACGCGGAUGGCGAUGUUAGUUGUGUCAACGGUACCGUAGGCGAAUACAGAUUCACCGUACGUAUGAAGCUCAAGUCAGACGUGGCUGAUUCUAAGAGUCAGGUCAAGAUAAGCUCUGGAAGUCAAAUCAUGUUCACGCUCGUUUUCAACGGAACAAGCGCAGGUUACUGGCAACUUAGUGAUGUUAUCGCAAACAAGCUAUCUGUUGAAGGAGUUUCCCAAGGUUUCCUCAGCGGGACUGCAACUGCACAGGAGAAAGCCAUCUCUUAUACUUCAGUGCAGAAUGUUGGCUUUAACAGUGUACAAGGAUUCGCUAUUGCUUGUAGUGAUUCCCAAGCAGCAUUCUUCAAGACCAAAAAUCAAGACAACGUUUUGAUCGGCAUAUCCCUGUACAAUACAGAGGUUCAACCGUUUGCCGUUUAUCCGGACAAGAAGACUCAGCAAAUGUUUUUCACCAGACAAGUAGAUGACUGCGUGGGAACUUUUUCAGUUGGGUCUUGGAUGGGUGCGUUUUUUGAGUGUUUUCUUAGAUUUAUAUUGCUAUUGAUGAUCUUCUCCCGAGUAUGA